UAACAUCGUGCUAAGCACACUUGCGUUCAUCUUCGUGUAUCAAGCGUAUUGCUUUUAAUCGACACAGGAGAAGGUUCGCAAAUACCGAUAAAGGCACAUAAUGCAGACUGUCGUCAUCAGCGCUGCUGGUAUUUCUGAUCUUCGUCCACGAUCGUCGCUCCUGCAGAUGCGCGCGCUCAUCGGCCUGUUCGCGUGCACGGCGGUCACUCCGGAGCGUGCGCGUAUCGUCCCCAGCCGGCUUCCACCUUUACCGCAGUAAAAACGGAGCUACUAAGAUACAGGCUACUGAGAAAGGAGCCGGAGGAUUCGUUACGGACGCGCUGAGAAAACGAGCUCGCCCUCUGAAAGGACAUUAAAGGACACUGCGCUAAUGUACGCAAUUUAGAUCAGAGGGGGCAGGUAAAACUGGACAUCAUUAAGCAGCUGAAUUCCUUUAUCAGUGAUUUUUUUUCUCGUUCAUUUUCGGCUUAAGCCUACCAAUAUUUCGACCUUUAUCGCGGUCGUCCUUCACUUAUUUACUGUACUCUCAUGUGAAUGUAUUUCUUAGAGCAAUAUUGCUGGAAUGUUUUUAGAGACAGACAUUAUAGGCACGUUUAAUUAACUAAUUAGUCUGUUCAAACCGAAAACGUCGCAUGAAUGUCCGCAGAAUUAUUUAAUAAGGCAUGCGCCAGGGACAUAACCGGCUUUAAUUUUUCAUGAUUGGGCAUAAUUAGUGCCUUUAGCAAAACGCGUGUGAUGUGCAUAAACACGAAUAUUAAUACAUGGUAACGAUAUAUAGUUAUUUGCAAGACAAAGAACAUUUAAGCGAAGUAUAUUUCACUGGACGCUAUACUUUGCACUUUAUUAAGUUAUGAAUCAUUAAAGGGAAUGAAUAGUUGUAUGCUAGUUUGCUUUCGGUGCACUGAUACCAGAAUCUCAGGGCGGUAAUGCUGAAAUAUCAGGGUGAAUGAUUUAUUCUGAUGGUGAGCUUCCUUCUCAUAUAAACAUAGCAUGCAAAAAUAUAGAUUUAUUUUUCAGUGAUUAGAAAAAUAUCUUAGAGUAUAUGUCAUGUUAAAAAUAUAUAGGGCCUACGUUUAUAUAAAAAGCAAAACAGGCCUACAAAUAGAUAUCAGCAAUAAACAAAGUAUGUAAUUGAUUAAACUGUGAUUGAAUAAUAAGCCAAAGACCGAAAGAUAGCACUUUGACGAAAGCGACUGAUAUUAAGUCACAUCAUUUUUUGUUAAGACUGCUUUGAAAUUUUUCGAAGCAGUAACUUUGCACAUUCUCCGCUUUUAGGCUGAAAUACAACCACUUAGGCUGAAGUGUAUGCUAUUACUGACGUUGAAGGUCUAAAACAAUUAUUUGUCUUCCACUGUCUGCACAACCGAAAUUCAUAUUCUUUCUGCACUUCCAGCUAUCCAUUGGAAUGUAAGUGAACAUUUAUUAGCAAAAGAAAAUAAUUAAUUAAUAUACUUAGGUCGGUGGCGUUACAGAGCGGAGCUGUCAUUGGUGCGGUUAGACUUACGUAUUUUUUUAAUGGCUCUAUGAGGAACCUGCGCAGAGUUGGAAACCUGAAGUUUAGGGUUUAAUUUCUGCAUCUUCAUAUUGUACCUUGAUGCAUAAUCAUAAAUAAUAAUAGCAAGUUUUGUGGGACCACUCCUCUUCAAAGUGACAUUUCUGAAAUUACAGUCCAGCGGAUUGCGAGUUUCUCCUACUGUUUUUGCAGCGUAAGGAACUUAGGAAGGGCUACUUGUAAGAUAGAAUAAAAAGGUUUUUUUUUCGUGAGAAUAGUCAAGGCCAGCAAAAAGGAGUUGCAUUCAAAAAGACUAGAAAAGGGAGAGGGAAAAAAUAAUUACAGCCGAAAAGAAGAGCGGAGCCGGUUCCCUUGCGGACUUUCCUGCUGGCGCUCGGCCGCGCACUCCUCUGCCAUGUCGCCCCUCGGUCUGUCUGCACUGCGGCUGCUGCUCGUCCCGGCUCUGCUGUGUGCGCUGCACGUGUCCCUGUGCAAGGCCGCUUGUGCAGAGGUGGACUCCGACACACAGGCGGUGGCUGGCCAGGGCUUCAAGCUGGGCUGUAUCUCCUGUAAGAGGAGGGGCGAGGUGGAGGCCACCGCCACUGUGAACUGGUACUUCCGCCCCAAAGGAGAACACAGCUAUAUUCAUAUAUACACCUACGAGGAGGAGGUACCCUCCAUUAUGAAUGAUCAGUUUGAGGACCGCUUGGACUGGAACGGCAGCAAGAACACGGCAGACAUCCAGGACGCUUCAAUCUACAUUCUCAAUGUCACGUUCAAUGACACAGGAACCUACCGCUGCUUCUUCAACCGCAUCCUCUCCUACCCCUACUACGAGUUCCAAACCACAGCCAGCAAGGUGGUUCACCUCUCCGUGGUAGCCAAAGCCACCAGGGGACUAGCAUCCAUCAUCUCUGAAGUUAUGAUGUACGUGUCCAUUAUCGGGCUGCAGCUGUGGCUCCUGGUGGAGAUGAUCUACUGUUACAAGAAGAUCGCUGCAGCUGGAGACGAGGCACUAAGACAGAGCGCGGAGGAGUAUUUAGCUAUAGCCUCGGAGAGUAAGGACAACUGCGCGGGGGUGCAGGUAGCGGAAUAGCACAGGUAUGUUUCUGCACCCCUGUGACCCUGGUGGCAGUGUGGGGGGCUGUACGGCCCACUGAGGCGUUUUUUCUCCGAUCUCAGGAUUGACACGUUUACCAAGACACAUCGCUAAACCCCCCUGCCAUCGCUUACAUAGCUCUCCUUACCCCAUCCCCCCAGCCCUAAUUUAUUCAGUGUCGGUUGUCUGUAGGGGAAUAAAUAAAGACAAUUUAUUCAUGUUUUUGAUGAACCUGGACCUGAAACAACCUUGUUAGCAAACACGGAUGACGAAUACAAAGCAGCGGCUGUUCGAGACACUUGAAUAGCAUGAUGUCACCAUUUCUGUAUGCCUGCACGCAGUGCGGCUGGAAUAGCUGUUCCUAUUGGAAUCCUACUGAAUAACGUGCCCCUUAAUGGACAGCAUGGCCAUGCAGUGUGACUGUAUAAUACUGCCCUAAGUUGUCGACUUGUAUCACUGUAUCUUGUCAUUAUGAAUUCUGGAGCAGCACAGACCCACGCAUCACUUUCAUCUUCCAAGAAUCAGUUCACCUAAAAAUGAUCCACAGAUUUGUAAAGCUUUAUAGGUCAUGCAGAUUUAUUUAUGCAUUAAAUAGUUCUGAAAGAAUAUUAUAGUAUGCAUAUGACUUGUCAUCUGUUCAAUGCCAAGAGGUCAUUCGAAGGGAUCUUCCCUAGUGAUGCUGGGGGAGGGGGGUCGUUCUAAAACUAGUACAACCCAGUCAAAAGCUUUCCUGCAUACAUAGCUUGAAUUGCACAGCCUAUUAGAUACCUUAGCCAUCUCUGUACAUAGGCUUCAGUGUCUCUCUGCCUUUUCUAGCAUGUCUUCUACUGUGAGAUGUUUCUAAUAUUAGAUGUACUACACCUUGGUGCAGGAAUUACCUGCAUCUAUCAGGGGACAACAUGAAUGGCUAAAGAAACAGAGUCAGAAUUAGACUAUGUAUGCAUAGAUUUGUGAUUGUUCUCAAGGUGUAUCUUAACUGUAGAAGUUACUUAUACAAUUAUCUUAAAAGUUAUCUUGAACUUUAUGUGUCAUUUGUAUUACAUGUUUUCCCUUGCACUAGUUAGAUAGAUCAACCCAAUCAAAAGAUAUUCUGCUUAUAAAGGUGACACAUCUGACCAAGCAAUAAAAAGUAGAAUACUGUUAGACAAUGUGAUGAGUGCCAGGACUGUAGUUCUAACAGCAAGACUUGAGGUGCAGUUACAUGUUUCUACCAAAAGGUGGCGCAGUAUAACAGCAUGUUCUUUAAGAAACCUUUACAGAUUAGGCACAGAGAAACGGUGCAUGUGUGAAGGCUGUUGCUUUGGGUUAUGAUCUGUAUCUCUCAAUGUAUGCAAAUAAAACACCUACUGACA